AUGGCACCACCAAGAGAAGACAUUUCUUUCCAGACAUCUGACGGCCUGACACUACGGGGAUGGCUGUACAAGUCCGCGCUGGCCCAGGACGGUGCCAAGCUGCCCUGCCUCGUCAUGUCGCACGGCUGGUCGGCGCUCAAGGAGAUGGAUCUCGACGCCUUCGCAGAGCGCUUUGUCGCGAAGCUACCCAUCGCCUGUCUCGUGUAUGACAACCGCUGCUUCGGCGCCAGUGAUGGCCAGCCGAGGCACGAGAUCAUUCCCGCGCUGCAGCAUGCUGACAUGUCUGACGCGAUCACUUACGCGCAGUCGCUGGAGGGCGUGAAGCCGGAGAAGAUCGGUAUCUGGGGCUCGAGCUACUCCGGUGCCCAUGUGCUGCAUGUUGGUGCGGUGGACAAGCGCGUCAAGGCGGUGCUCUCGCAGGUGCCGCUGGCGGAUGGAUAUACGAACUUUCAACGUCUGAUCCGGUGUGAUUUUGUGUCAAGCAUGAACCAGAUGUUCCAGGACGAUCGCCUUGCCCGCGCGGCCGGCAAAGAUCCCGGGCGCCUCCCCGUCGUGGACGCCGACCCAAUGAAACCAUCCGCGCUACCCACUGCCGACAGUUUCGUCUUCUUCGAUGCCUGGGCAAAGAAGAGCGACUGGAAGAACGACUGCACCGUCAGAAGCGUCGAGAUGCUGCGAGGCUACCACCCCUCAGCACAGAUCCACCGCAUCGCACCGACGCCGCUCCUCAUGACCGUAGCCGAGAACGACGUGCUUACCCCAACUGACAUCGCACUCGAAGCGUAUUCGCGCGCUCUGGAGCCCAAGCGUCUUCACGUAUUGCCUGGCGGCCAUUUUGAUGGGUACACAGGACCGAAUUUCGACAGAAACACUGACGUACAGGCCGAGUUCUUGAAGCAGUACUUGUGUAACUGA